GAGAUGGUAAACAAAAGGACCAGGUAUGCAAAAUGGCUGGAUUAUAUGGGAAGGGCUGGAGACAUUUAGAGUAGGAGGUGGGGUAUGCCAUCCGUACCCUGAAACAGCUAGGAACUGAGCAAUGCAGAGGGAACCUGACAACCAGGUCCAUGUUGGCUCUUUGUCAUGGGUUUGAGAUCUAACAACUUUUCCAAACAACCAUGGCAACAAAUAAUCUAAAUUAGAAGUGGGCCAAUGACUUGAAUAGCCAUGUCUCAAGAAAGGAUGCAUACAUGGCCAAAAAAGCAUAAACAAUACUGCCCGCCAUCGCAAAUCCCCAGGGAGUUAAAAUAAAACCACAACAGGAUAUCAACAUGAGAGAGAUGAGAGAUGGAAGAGAGGGACAGUGAUAAGGAUUCUUACAAAGGGAAAGUAAGGAAGCUGGGCAAGGAUGCAGAGAAAGAGAAACUCGAUCAUGGUUAAUGGAAGUUUAAGUUAGCGUAGACCUAUGGAAAACACAAUGGAAACUCCUUAACUAAACAGGUGAUAGAACUACCAUAUGGUUCACUCAUCCCACUGCUGGGCAUACAUCCAAAGAGAAUGGAAAACACAGUCAAAUGCUCUGUACUCUUAUGUUUAUUGAAGUAGCAUUCCUUUGCAAAGAUAUUGUAAUAGAGAAAUGGCAUUCUUCAGUAAUAAAAAUAAUGAAAUAAUGGAAUUUACAGAGAUGUGGAUGGGACGGGAGGACAUUAUGCCUGCCAAGUGAAGUAAGUUGUCAAAGAAAGGCAAAUAGUGUAUGUUCUGCUAGCUAGAAGCUAAAAUGUUGGCAUCAAAACUGGAAAGAAUUGAAUAAUGAUUGCCCAAGUUUGGGAAGUGUAUUUGGAAUCUUUAAAUAGAAAGAAAUGGAUGUUUGAGUUAAAAAGAUUAAAAAGGACUUACCUAUUACCCGACUGGGGAAGGGGAAGUUCAUCAGUUAGAAUGUUUGACUAGCUGGAUACCCAGCACCAGCCACAUUAACUUGACAUAGUAGUCAUGAUUGAAAGAGCAGUACUUAGAAGGAAGAAACAGGAGGACCAGAUGAAUGAAGUCAUCUUUCGCUACACAGUGAUUUUUGAGGCUAGCUCGGUAUACCUGGAACUGGUUUUUAAACGCAGGGAUGGGUCUCUGUUAUUUCUGGGCCAGCAGGAGACCUACAGGUUCUCAGAAUUUUUGAGUCCUCAUCUAUGCUGGCUUAGAGAUGGUGGUGGUGAAAUUUUGGUUCUUUGGCUUUGCUAAAAAAAAAAAAAAAAGCUGCAUUCCUACAACGUGGUGAUUUAUUUUAAAGGGUUCCCAUUGGUAUGUUUACAAAGCACUGUUUGUGCAAAGCACGGGAAGCAGAAGAUGAAAGAGAAGGUGGACUCAGUGGACUGGGUGUAACAGAUGGGCGAAGGUGGAUGGAAUUCUCCACUGUGCAGGGAACUGAGCACAGCAGGCUGGUACUAAGCACCCCGCGGUUGCUAGAAGCUACGCAGGCGGCAGCCAGGGGCCCCUCCGGAAGAGGCGGGGCUCUGUGCUCGCGCACGAAGCCCUCUCCCGCGAACGCGCGGCGCGCCCCAGGCUCCGCAGCCGAGCGCCGAGCUUUCGAUCCGUCACUCCCGCAGCCCUCGCUCGCGUCGCUCGUGGCUCCACCCGCCAUUGUAAUCCAUUCCCCGCUAUGGAGCAUGCCUUUACCCCGUUGGAACCCCUGCUACCUACGGCUCUCUUAAGAGCCUGUGCUGAUGGGGGUGCCAACCACUUAUAUGAUCUCACUGAAGGAGAGAGAGAAAGCUUCUUGCCUGAAUUCGUCAGUGGGGACUUUGAUUCUAUUAGGCCUGAAGUCAAAGAGUACUACACCAAGAAGGGCUGUGAUCUUAUUUCAACUCCUGACCAAGACCACACUGACUUUACCAAGUGUCUUCAAGUGCUCCAAAGGAAGAUAGAGGAAAAGGAACUGCAGGUUGACGUGAUUGUGACACUGGGAGGUCUCGGUGGGCGUUUUGACCAAAUCAUGGCCUCUGUGAAUACCCUUUUCCAAGCCACUCACAUCACUCCUGUGCCGAUUAUAAUAAUCCAAAAGGACUCUCUCAUCUACCUCCUCCAACCCGGGAAGCACAGGCUCCAUGUAGACACUGGAAUGGAAGGGAGCUGGUGUGGCCUGAUUCCUGUUGGACAGCCUUGCAACCAGGUGACGACAACAGGCCUGAAAUGGAACCUCACAAAUGAUGUUCUUGGCUUUGGAACACUGGUCAGUACUUCUAACACCUACGAUGGGUCCGGCCUUGUCACUGUGGAAACUGACCACCCACUCCUCUGGACCAUGGCCAUCAAGAGCUAACCUACAGUGCGGCAUCCAUCUUGUGCCUGUGCCUUCCCUUACCUGCCCACUGGUUCGUUGCUCAGCAUGAACAGCCACAUAGGUGUGCAGAAAUGUAAACUUCUCCAUGGGGAACCAUGAGCUUUCAAGGUGUUGGGGUUAAGGUAUAGCUGAGUGGCAGAGCACUUGUUGCGCAUGUACAAGGCCUUGGGUUCAACCCUCCACACCACAAAAUAAAGAUGGUGGUGUUUAAAGAUUCCAGGUAAUGCUAUAAAUGAUAUCUCAAUGUUAUAUUGAGGGAAAAAUUAUGGUCUAUCAAAGCAAAUAAGCUGUAUUGUAUGGCUAAUAUAGCUAAUGAGGAUCAUUACAUUAUGUAAUUCAGUUUUGAUCAUUUUAAUUUAGUUAAUCAGUCCAUUUACCUUAAAAUUCUUUUUUUAAAUUUUGAAGCACCAGAAGCUUUUUUAUUGUGUUGCCUUGGAAUCUGGCACUUCCUUAAGUGCCUGACAACAAGGGCUGCCUCCUCUGAGUAGCUCCUAACAUCAGACUCCGGUCUGUAAUGUACAAUAGCUCCUCGAGUGCUGUGAUAGAAUGGCACCAGUUCACUUUGACAUCAUCUUUUCAAAGAUAAGAAUCAUUGACUUAAUUGUUAGGUUUAAAAGCAAGCAGCUAAUGGGCUUCGGGUAAAUGAGAAAUGGCAAUUCAGGAUUCAUUCAAACAUUAACCCCUGAAAACGUGAAAGCACGCUCUCUGAGCUCUAGGAAUGUGGGUGCCCUUAUGAAAAUUGUGACACACUCAAAGGCUUUGGCCUGAGGAAUCGAUCAUGAGCCUGGAAAUUCAGUCACUUUUAACCUAUUUCCCACUAGGAGCAGGAAAGAUGGCUCAGCGGUUAGGGACACUAGAUACUCUUCCAGAGGUCUUGAAUUCAGUUCCCACCAACUACGUGGUAGCUUGCAUCCAUCUAUAAUGGAAUCCGAUACCCUCUUAUGGAAUGCAGGUGUACAUGCAGAGAGAAUACUCAUAAACAUAAAAAUAAAUAAAUUUGGAGGGAAAACACACUUCACGCUAAAAAGCAAAAUAUUACUCCAUGGACCAUAUCUACUGACAUUACCAGAAAAUUAGUGUGACUAUGGAGAUAAAUGAAUACCACUUGCUGAGGAGUCAACAACUGAAGCCUGUUUCUGCAUUCCAGUCCACCAUGACUCGCUCUCUCUGCUGUAUGGUGGGAGGAAGUACUCACUGAGUGUGUGAAAGAACCACAGGUAUAAACUCUAAAUGCUAACGUGUUGCAGGUGUAGAGUAAAUAACACAGUCCCUGACUUAGCCUAAGCUUGCUGGUGCAUUAAAACUUAUUCAUGUUUCUUUCAUGAGCUCCCCCCUCAUCUUCCUACCCAUUUCCCCUCAUCUUCUUGUCCCAUUUCUUAAACCGUAUCUUGCCAAACAAACCAUGAUUUAAGGCAACCUGCCUACCUUGUUGCAUUUAUCCAAUGACUAUAUUACUGUCUUCUUGGUGCUACAACAGAAUGAAGCUUAAAACAAAUAGAGGAAGAAAAGGGAUCAGUUGAAUCAAUACCAAGUUCUUAACAGAAAUAGUUAGAGUCAUUAUUAUUUUAUGCAAAUAUAUGAUUCUGAAAUCUGAAUGUCAAAUAAAAAGUUAUCAAUGUGCAUGUCUGUAGUUGGUUUGUCAGAAAUGUUUAAUGUUAUCGCUUGUAAUUCAACAUGACUAAUCUUUCAUAAUCAUUGUUUCUGUUCAAAAGGUGAAUUACUAUGUGUAUUUUAUAAUUAAAAUCUCAGAUCUGACUUCAGAUAGCAAUGCUGUGGUAUUAAGUUCUUCCUCGAUCCUUUUCCCAUGGAUAUAGAAACCAGAUCAUCUCUAGACAGCCUGGACCAAUGAUUUAUAUUUCAUCAUUUAAGACUCCUCUUGCUCCAGCUAUAAAAAGAAGAAUUACAUGGCUUACCUUACCAUUCUUCACUUAGAAAAGAGAAAAAUAAAGAUAAUUUUCAUCCUGGGUGUCUAAUUGCUGGAGAAAAGGAGCCAGUAGAGAGCUACUGUCUUCUGGGGUAGAGAAGAUAAAGAGAAGUUGUAGAGGAAGACAUCUGAGAAGCAGGAAGAGAUGGGGCCACACACUUGAAGAGCCACAUUGAUGACAGGCCCAUGACUAGGAUCGUCUGCAUCUUCAUAGUUCAAAUGCAGACCUCAGAGGCCCCAUGUAUCUCUUCCAUUCCCAACAGACAGAAGCUAGUCUGCCAGGAGAGAGCUGCAGCCAAGAUCCUUCGCUAACUCAGAACCUCCAGCAGGAAAGCCUGUGCAGAGCGUCUAGUUGCUGCCUCAAACAAUACAUGCACAACUGAAAUUAGGAGGGGAAAGGAGAUAAGGCCAAAGUCGGGGUGCACAGCAUCCUUCUUUCCCACCACACUAUACUACUGCAAAGUAGAGGCUCCGCCAUGUCUCCAGCUUUCACUUUGCAGACUGCUAAUAUGUUCAUAACUAGAAGCAUAUUCAUUACAUGCAAAAGACAUAUGUCCAUCAUUCAAAAUAUUUACUGUCUUACAGCUAAAGAAUACAUGUCUUGUUUAACCUGAAAGCAUCAGUGUGUGUGUUUCUGUGCAUACAUCUGUGUUUUAAUGAAGCUUGGUAAACAUGGAAACACUGGAAUAUGUGUGAUGUAGAUACUUAUCCCAGACUCUCACUUGUGAAUCCUGCCAGAAACAUUGGAUGUCCACCUCAGAGUCUAUCUCAGAGCAAUGACCACCAUUCCCAGUUCCUGCUGACAACUGAAGAACUGCUUGUUGGUGUUACAACGACAUCUUCCUGUUCCUUGAAACUAUGUAAGGGCAGUCUCCCAUUGUGUGCUAUCUGACUCUAUCAUCUAAAUAAAUGUUCACCUUUUGCUUAAUAGCAGCCACAUGAGUCUGCACAUGAUGAAGGCUCAAAUGGAUGGGUGAAAGUCAACCCUUCAAGGAAGAGAUGAGCAUAAUUAACCCCUGAAAACGUGAAAACAUUUCACGUCCUACAGUGUGUGUUUCUCAUUUUCCAUGUUUUCAGGGGUUAUUCUUAGUCUCUGUUCAAGUCAAAUCCUGACCUGCAGCCUGUGGCUAUAAUGGGAAAAUACACGUCAGGCCUGCUAGGAAAGGAACUCAUGCCUUUUGGACCUUGACUUAGAUCAGUUCCUUCCUUCCUUGAUCAGUUGGUAGCUUCUGUCAUCUAUUGACUGGUGCCUAAAAUGACACUGGGCUACUCAAAGCACCAGCUUGAUCUAAGUGGACAUCAGUCACACUUUCAAAAACUGGAGUUGCACAUGACUGUGAGUUGCAUCAUAGGAGAGUAGGUUGGAAUCAGGUGCAGGUCUGCCAGGAAUACCAUUUGCUCCUUCAUUUCUGGGGAAAGGACUGAGAAAUUUUCACUCAGGUUGAAAACUAGGAGGUUAACUCAGAAGGAGGUGGGGACAUUGCCUGGUGUUUGUGAAGCUAUGGUGCUAGUUUUGACUCAUGCUUCUCUGUGUAUGGCCUGCACCUCUCAUCUACCCCUGUGUGGAACAAGCUUUUCUUACUACUCCUGCUCACAUGUGGGGCUCCCUGAGCACUGCCUGAACUGUUGAAAUAAAGCAACCAUAGAUUCGAUAUGACUGAGGCCUAUGGUAUGUGCCAAGUCAGUGAAGAGGAAAUGACUCUUCCCUCCCCUAAGGUUGUAUGAUUAUUAUGGUUUCAAUUGUGACUUUCAAACUGUUGACCAUGACCCACAAAGAAUAUAUUAGCCUUAUAACAAUCUGUAGAGAGACACACAUACACACUGAACCCUGCAGUAUGUUUUAAUUUUAACUUAUAUUAAAAGGCAUUUAUAAAUGCAUUUGAAAAGCAUGCCUUGGAAAUGAACAAAAUACAUAAAAAUAUAGGAGUCCUACUCUAAAAAUAAACUAAUUUCUUUAAUUUCUGAUAAUGAUGUCAUUUUAAAAAUGUAUUUCUUUGUACAGAAGAAAAUUUAAGCUGCAAGGUCAAUUCCUUCCUAAGAAGACCCUCAAUAAGGACUGGCCAAAUUCUGCUGUGUAUAGGUAGCACAAGUUUGCCCUUCCCUGCCUGUAGCAGAUUUCACUCAUCAGUCAUAAUUUUCUUUUCUGGUGAGCCCCAGCCAAAGCCUCCAAAUCCAUCUCAAAACAGUUAUCCAAGCAGAUGUGAUUGACGACGCUCCACUGGCUCAGAGCUAAUGUGUUAUUUUCCCACUGUAUACAAAACCACUCUGCUGACAGCUCAGGAAAGAGGCCAUGCAAGCAUCACACACACUCACAGCUAAUGGGUAAAUAAACACAUCCAAGGACUUGUUCCCUGUGUGCUAAAAGCAAAGACUUUGUGUGCAGCAAAAAUAAAACCUAGGUCCACCCCAAAAAUAAUUUGGAAAACACUGAACUAGCCCUUGUACUCAUUCCUACUUGAGAAGAGUCUUCAGAACAGACUAGCUUCUUCCUGAAAGCCAGAAUCUCUAAGGUACAAUACUAAGUCCAGAUACUGAGAAGAGUUUGGUUAAAGAGCUAAAAUAUUAUGACUUGGUCCUUAGCAACAAUUUAUUUUAGAAAUGGAAAAAAAAUUUAAAGAUUUUGUGAAUGUUUAGUAGACAGAGCUUGUGGGGAGGGAGCAAAAAUGAAAAAUUGUAAGUCUAAAAUUCUGUGUUCCAUCUGAAUAACUGGUUUCAUGUCAAGUUGAUUAACAUUAUGAAUCCUUCAUAGACCUGUAAACCCUUGAGGACAUGAGCAUCCGUCUUCCUUUGUCGUCUGUUAGCUCCUGCUCCUACAGUAGGUCUGUCUGCUGCAGGAGUUCAAUGGAGACAUGUAAUAUGCUGCUGUGCUAGCAACUCUCCAUCCCGAACCACACUGAGAAAGCGCAUGCAUUUCCCACCCUCCCUCCUGUUUCCUUUUCUUCUGUGGUCCUGAACUGUCUGUGCUAAUAUUUCUCUUACACAUCCUAAUUCUGCAUUCGACAGAACUGCUAAAAUCAUUGUUCACUUUCCUCUCUAAAGAAGGAAAUAAUUCUUACAAGGCAAAUUCCAGGCUGCAAACACUAAUCCAAGGUAAAUAUUUUGAUAAAGGUAAGGAAAAAAAUCAGAAGGCCAACCAAGGACUAUAAAGUUUUCUGAAAAAGGUGAAUAAAGGACAGGAAAAGACACAAAACAGACAAUGACAGAGCUUGGGGCAAGUGGUUUGGGUGAAAAGAACCAAAGACAUAAGAGUGAAGACUAUCUCUGCCUGGUGGGAGAAGGCAGAAAAACAAAGAAGUUAACAGAGAAAUUGUUCUGAGUUGGAACCACAGAGGAGGUUUAAGACAGGAUGAUUGCUGUCAUUAAGAAAGGGAGACUAAGACAAAAAUGCAUGCUGCUUUUAACAACUUAAGGAUAAUGUUAUCUUCAUUUGUAUUUAAAUCUACUUUUUCCCCCAAAUUAGGGAUAUGAAAUUAAUUUAAGCAUUCUAAGAUCAUGAAGUGAGAUAUAUUGUCCCCAACUGAAUUGUCCACACUAGACUUCAUUAUUUGUAAUUUGGAUUUGUUGCUCUAUAAUGAAUAAUCAUUUAUAAAGAACAAGCCUACGUUAAUUUAAGCUGGGUGUACACUUGUAAUUCCAGCACUUGAGAGUGAAGACAGGAAAAUCACAAGUUUUGGGUCAUCCUCAGCUAGAUAGCCAGGUCAAGGAAAAUUGUUUUCAAAAAACAAAACAAAACAACAAAAAACCUGUCUUGUAAAACACAUAUCACUCUUACUAAUGUACUUUAUUAAUACCCUUUAUUUAUAAUAGUAAUUAACAUUUGGAGAAUUCAUGCAGACUUCUGUGUUUGUAGCCAUCCUUUCACUUGUCUUUUUUUUUUUUUUUUGCCAAUUUUCUCUCCUUAUCCCACCACAUCUUAUUUGAUAGACCCAAUAAUUUUAGUGUCAUCUUACAAAAUUUAAAAACCAGUUAUCUCCAACAUAAUGGGGCUUUCAGUACUAUGUCCUUAUGAGCAAACAGAUGAAAAUGCUUAAAAGUAAGGAACUUCUUAGAAUACUGCACAAGCUUCCAUUUCCCAUUCUAUAGAAAAGACAUAAUUGCCCGAUGACAUUCUCUACUUCAGCUACCCUAUUAAUUUAAGAAAUCCCAUUCAUUCUGCCACUAGUUCCCUAUUCAUGAAAAAAACGUUCUUGGUCCCAACAGGCCACACACUGCUCUUUUAUUUUUUACUCUUUAAAAUUCAGGAAAACCUAUGUGAAUAAUGAGGCAAAGAGAAAUGGUGCAGAAAGUUGCUGGAAUCACUUUUAGCCAGGGAAUUUAUUAUGGAUAUUUUAAAAUUGACCUUUUAGUCCAAGUUUUUAUUCAAUUGCAAUGCAAGAAAUUAAGCAACAAGGUCAAUGUGAAUAUUUGUAUGCCAGUGGCAGUGAACAGAGAUUCAUGAAUAAUAAUAAAAAAAAAAGAUUAAAUUGGUAAGAAGCCAGUAGAUUCUCUUUUCUAACAGCAAGUAGAAAAGCAGGACUUUUUUUAACAAAGAAGUAAAACUUUUUACAUCACAAAAAUAUUGCCCUUUGGAAAAAAUGUCAUAAAUAUAGAAAAGAAAUAUUUAUGUAAGUCACAUACAUAACAUCUUGUCUAGACCAUGUAUGUAUAGUAGUGAUGCAUACAAUAAGUAUGUAGAUGCUAUUCAUACAGAUGCUGCCGUUACACAUUUCCAUUUCAGGGGUUAAUAGCUUUUGUUCCAUCACUGUAGGGCUCUGCCUUCUUAAGUUGACAUCAUAAGUGUUGAGCUCCAUGGUACUGAAAUCAUGUAUCUCAUAUUCAUGGGACAAUGAAUACGUGAAUUGACUAUAAUGAAUUAGGAAUUACAGAGGUCUCAGGUUACUAGAAACAUUCAUCUCAAAAAAUAUCCCCAUAGUAGCAGGCCUUUGCAGACUUGUAGGAGGUAUAUUUCAUCUUGUAGGAAAGAAAGCCCCCACCAGCAUUGCUAUCUACCUAUGACAGAAAGGACUUUCUCCUGGGGGGAGGGAGCGUGCGGGGGGCAGGGGGGGCUUGGCAAGUUCCCUGGACUAGCUGUAUUCAGUCUGCUCCUGGACCAACUCUCUUGAAGAUCUAGUCUACAACAUAAUCUACAAGGACUCAUGUUGAUUGACUUUCUGAAAAACUAAAAAAUGUUUACCAAUAUGACUUCAAAGGAGAAAGGCACCUAUGUAUUCUAUCUUCUAGUGUCUGUGCUGCUUUGAAUAAAAUCAUUACAAGUAAUUUUA